AGGAGAGCGAGAGGCUUGAACUUCCUGUGCAAUCUCAGUUCACCCGUUUUACAUAUACAGGAAGAUUUUCGGAGCUGCAAAGUGAGAGGGGAGUGUUUGGUCAUUUAAAGAGAAAUUCCCCCGUACAUAAACUGUAAAUGCGGAUUGUUUACAUCAGUCGGUCGAGUCGGAGAAGCCAUUCCUUCUUACCCUCCUCCCUUCGCACACUGUGGCGGUGGCGCGACUCCCCCUCACCGCAGAUAGUGUCAGUGGAGCUGGCCAUGGGGCCCUGAUACAGCCCGGGCCCUGACUGAGGUUCUGCGUUGCAUCAGAAAAGGAACAAUUAUUGAUGGACGAUUCACUUCUCUGACUACUGCAUCAACCAAGAGUGACUACAAGGGGAAAGAUAGAAGAUUUUGAACUGCAAUAUUAUUUCAAGAUAAUUGCAUGAUCUGAUAUUCGAGGGAGUGUGUUGAUGUGCUGACCAAAUUGAUCGAGAUUAUUAUGGCUGUUCUAAAACUCGUCGAACAGCCUCCUCUGGUCCAGGCCGUCUUCAAUGGAGACCCUGAGGAGAUACGCAUGCUCAUCUACAAAUCGGAAGACAUCAACGCUCUGGAUGCAGAGAAGCGCACCCCGCUCCAUGCUGCAGCCUUCCUGGGUGAUGCUGAGAUCACUGAGCUUCUUAUCCUCUCCGGGGCGCGGGUCAACGCCAAAGACAGUAUGUGGCUCACCCCUCUCCACCGUGCGGUGGCAUCCUGUAGUGAGGAGGCGGUUCGUGUGCUGAUCCGUCACUCUGCUGAUGUGAACGCGCGGGAUAAGAACUGGCAGACGCCGCUUCACGUUGCCGCUGCCAACAAGGCCCUGCGCUGCGCUGAGGUCAUCAUCCCGCUGCUGAGCAGCGUCAACGUGUCGGACCGCGGGGGGCGCACCGCCCUGCAUCACGCUGCCCUCAAUGGGCACACCGAGAUGGUUAACCUGCUGCUGGCUAAGGGAGCCAACAUCAAUGCCUUCGAUAAGAAAGAUGGCCGUGCCCUGCACUGGGCGGCUUAUAUGGGACAUCUGGAUGUAGUGUGUCUGCUUGUCAGCCAGGGGGCAGAGGUCAGCUGUAAGGACAAGCGGGGUUACACCCCCCUACACACGGCCGCUUCUAAUGGUCAGAUCGCUGUGGUCAAACACCUGCUCAACCUGGCUGUGGAGAUAGAUGAAACCAAUGUGUUUGGUAACACGGCUCUGCACUUGGCCUGUUUCAACGGUCAGGAUGCUGUGGUCAGUGAGCUGAUAGACUACGGAGCUAACGUCAGCCAGCCCAACAACAAGGGUUUCACCCCCCUGCACUUCGCUGCAGCCUCCACCCACGGAGCCCUCUGUCUGGAGUUCCUGGUCAACAACGGGGCUGACGUCAACGUACAGAGUCGGGAUGGGAAGAGCCCCCUCCACAUGACAGCGGUCCACGGCCGCUUCACUCGCUCCCAGACACUCAUCCAGAAUGGUGGGGAGAUCGACAGUGUGGACAAGGAAGGGAACACUCCUCUUCACAUUGCUGCUCGCUAUGGUCACGAGCUCCUCAUUAACACACUCAUCACCAGCGGAGCUGACUGCACAAGACGAGGGGUCCAUGGUAUGUUUCCUCUGCACCUGGCUGCUAUGAAUGCCCACUCAGACUGCUGCCAGAAGCUGCUCUCCUCAGGAAGGAUGUACAGCGUAAUGUGUUCCCUCAGUAACGUCCCCUCGUCCUCGGCCCUGUCUGCAGGCUUCCAGAUCGACACCCCUGAUGCACUGGGGAGGACCUGUCUACACGCUGCCGCCGCCGGGGGUAAUGUGGAGUGUGUGAAGUUGCUUCUGAGCAGCGGUGGGGACCACAACCGGAGGGACAAGUGUGGCAGGACCUCUCUCCACUAUGCGGCAGCCAGUCGUCACUACCAGUGCCUGGAGACCCUUGUGUCGUGUGGGACCUGCAUUAAUGCCACUGACCAGUGGGGGCGCUCUGCUUUGCACUACGCUGCUGCCUCCGACCUGGACAGAAGGCGACGUCAGGCUCUGGAGCCAGAAAGUGAAGGGGUGCAGGCAGAGAAGGAGAAAGAGGCUGCACUAUGUUUAGAAUUCCUUUUGCAAAGUGGUGCUACUGCCUCUCUGAAGGAUAAGCAGGGCUACAGUCCUGUCCACUAUGCUGCAGCCUAUGGCCACAGACACUGCCUGGAGCUGCUGUUGGACAGAGACGAGAGUCACCAGGAGCCCCCAGACUUUCUGGGUGCCAGGAGCCCCCUGCACCUCGCUGCAUACCACGGCCAUGCACAGGCUCUGGAGGUGUUGCUGCAAGGGGAGAAGGAGGUAGACCAGGGGGACGAGGAAGGUCGUACUCCCCUGGCCCUAGCGGCCCUCAGGGGCCACACUGACUGCGUCCACACCCUUCUCAGCCAGGGGGCUUCGCCACGCACCACGGACACCAACAGGGGACGCACCCCGGUACACCUAGCAGUGAUGAAUGGUCAUACGUCGUGUGUACGCCUCCUUCUGGACGACCAGGAUAGUGCAGACCUGGUGGACACUACAGACUCUCAGGGACAGACUCCUCUGAUGCUUGCGGUGGCAGGGGGACAUGUGGAUGCUGUGUCUCUGCUGCUGGAGAGAGAGGCUGCUGUAGAUACAGCAGACAACCAUGGCCUGACCGCCCUGCACCUCGGGUUGCUGUGUGGUCAGGAGGAGUGUGUUCAGUGUCUGUUGGAGCAGGAGGCAUCUGUGUUGCUGGGGGACUCCAGGGGCCGAACAGCCCUCCAUCUGGCUGCAGCGAAGGGCCACGCAUCCUGGCUCGCUGAGCUGCUGAGUAUGGCCUGUUCUGAACUGCCCACGCCCCCCCUCCGAGACCACCAAGGGUACACCCCCCUGCACUGGGCCUGCUACUAUGGUCACGAGGGCUGUGUGGAGGUACUGCUGGAGCAGAAAGGUUGUCCCUGUAUCGACGGGAACCCCUUCACUCCUCUGCACUGUGCUGUGGUGAAUGAUCAUGAACCCUGUGCCUCACUACUGCUGGAAGCCAUGGGAUCAGACAUGGCCAGCUGUAAGGAUGCUAAGGAUCGGACUCCACUCCAUGCUGCAGCGUUCUCUGGUCAUGUGGACUGUGUUCAGCUGCUUCUGGCCCAUGAUGCACCUGUGGAUGCUGUGGACCAAUCAGGGCGCAGUGCGCUGAUGAUGGCUGCAGAGAAGGGAAGAGUCGGGACUGUAGAGGUGCUGCUGACCAGUGCCAACGCCAGCCUGAGGUUGGUGGACCAGAAUGGUAACACCGCGCUCCACCUGGCCUGCAGUAGCGGAAAGGAGGACUGUGUACUAUUCAUCCUGGAGAGGCUGAAGGACACUGUUCUCAUAGGUUCCACCAACGCAGCACUGCAGACGCCCCUCCACCUAGCGGCCCAUAGCGGUCUGAAGCAGGCUGUCCAGGAGCUGCUGUCCAGGGGGGCCAGUGUUCAGACGUUGGAUGAGAACGCUCCGGUGCGCCCUCCCCAGGUUCCCUCCUGAGAGCCCUACCCAGGGAGGAGAAAAGCUCCCACGGCCCUCGCAGCCCCAAGGCCCCCUCGGACCCCUCUAGCGAGGGCAGUGCCAGUCAGGGCGCCACU